AUGAUAAAUAUAUCAGCAUCGGAAUUUAUGAUCAUAUGUAGCAGCGUCCUCCUCGUUUUUUUGCUAUUGACCGAAGUUCUGGAUUGGACCCAAUUAUUUCCCUGGGUAGAAAACGAAUGCAAUUUUCCUCCGUUCACGUUCGGUUAUACGGACCGCAACGGGCCCCACAUGUGGAAACAGCUGUAUCCCGACAGUAAUGGUAGCAAUCAGUCACCAAUCAACAUUGCAACACAGCUCGUCGUUGUGGUGCAACCGUCCGAACCUCUUCGUUGGAACGGCUACGAUAAAGGACCACUAUCGACGACUAUAGCCAAUAACGAAAAUAACGUGAUAGUGAGCACAAUGUGGGGCAACUUGAAUCGACCAUAUAUCGAAGGUGGCUGUUUGACUAACAUUUACGACCUCUGCUCGAUGACGUUUCAUUGGGGACAAUCGAACGACGAAGGCAGCGAACAUACGUUGGAUUACGUUCGAUAUCCCAUGGAAUUACAAGUGUGGCACAUAAAACGCGGCUUUAACACACUUUUGGAGGCGAUUGCUGCCAAAGAAAGCGAUGGCAUACUGAUCAUCUCGUUCUUUUUUCAGAUUACAAACGCGGAUAAUCCUUAUUUGGAUCAUAUCGUGAGAAAUCUGCGGCGAAUCGUUAAACCAGGGACGAAAGUGCACGUUCCACCCUUUCCGCUGCUAUGGUUAUUUCCACGCUUCCAGACGGAUUAUUAUACUUACAACGGUUCUCUUACUCAGCCACCCUGCAGUGAAAUCGUUACGUGGAUCUUGCAACCUGAACCGAUCGCUAUAUCAUCGUCUCAGAUCGCGCAAUUUCGACAAAUUUGCUCACCGGAUGGUCCUAUACCGUUAAAUUGUAGGCCCGUACAACGAGUGAACGACCGUAGCGUGUACUUUUAUUCGUAGUAUUUGUUAACAAAUUACAAAAUUAACUUUACGUCUU